AAUGCGGAUGACCUCACCUCACGUAAAAACACGGAUAUCCGUCUCUUUGCUCUGCCAGCUGUUUUCUGUGUGUUCUUCUUUCAAUUUUUCUCCCUAUUGUUUGUAUUUACCGCCAACCCGUCAGCAACGACAUUCGUUCUUCACGACAUAGAUUGCGCAAAAGAAAUCAUUGAGUUUCCUGCACUGAAAUUAAACCCGGAGACACUGACAGUUGAAAGCACAUUUCAAGAGUUUGUCAAGCCAGUAAUCCACCCAGAACUCUCAGAUUUUUGCACCAAGCUGACCAGCAUCACACAGCAUGAUGUUGACAACAGUGGAGUGUUUGCGGAGGUGCUGAAGCGCUUCAAUGCUUGGUAUGAGAAGGAGGUGGGGGCCUCGAGCUGUCUGCCCAUCACCUGCGGAGACUGGGACCUCAAAACAAUGCUACCAAAUCAGUGCAGGAGGGAGGGCAUUCCUGUACCUCCAGCCCUGCGGCAGUGGCAUAAUUUAAAAAAGUCAUACUGUGCAGCGACAUCAGUCUACUGUCGCAGUUUAACUGAGAUGCUGCACGGCUUGUCACUCAGCUUUGAAGGCAGACUCCACCGAGGCAUUGAUGAUUGUCGCAACAUCAACACCAUUGUAGUGGAGCUUCUCAAGCGUGGUAUUGUCUUCAACCCAACUGGGAGAUUGUGAUCUCUUAGAUAUCAAUAAAAAUAAUUACAUUGGAAGAGUUUUCCGGUUAAAUUAUUGUUAAACUUGUGCUUUCUAUUUGAACCUCAAGCGCAAUAAGUGUUAUGUUUGUGUUUAUGGUUUCAAUGUUAUCAAUCUGCAACUAUUUCUUUAAUAAUUAUACCUGAAAUAAACACAUGGUGUUACUUUUGUCAGUGAUCAUUUAUGAAUUAAACAAUGGUGAAAUUUAUUUGGUCAUAGAAUGGUAAGCUCCUUAGGAAACCAGGAUAGCAAUAGUUCAACAUAAGAAUAUAAUUGAAAACCUGAUUAAAUCUGCAUAUACGUUUAGAAACGCUCUGAACUUUGCACACAAAUAACCUCACCCUGAUAGCCCUACUCUAACAGGUAAUAUUUUUCAUUAAUCGAUUACUUUUUACAAAAAGGAGUACUAAAUUAAUUUUUCGUUAUGAUGUAUCCUCUACUGUCUUUUGAUUGAUAGAUUACCAAAUUUUGUUCAGUGUGAAUCUGGGAUAAGGACAAUGUAUUCGGUUUUUGGAAAUUGAUAAUUUAAGCAACUGUAUCUGGGUGCCUAGGAGCCAAACAUUUGUGAAAUUAAUUACGACGUGCUAGUUGCAUCUAUACGAUGACUUUUUGUUCUGCAUCGUUUAUAAUUGAAACAUACUUAACUUACUGGACUCGGCUUGAUUAUUUGGUAACGAUUUUUUCAAUAAUCUUUGAUUUCAGUAUUGCUAUGACAUCAGUUGCGUUGUAUUAAUUUGUUAUUCAAAUCCUGCUAACAGCGGAGGAAAUGCUCUGAUGUUGCUCUUUGCGAUCUUUAAACUUAUGGAAUAUUUUAUUUUAAAAAGUCAUUCAUUCUACAUACCUGUAAGUCGAAAAGAGAAAGUCGAGUCUUCUCUGCUGUGAUAUAAAUGUGUAAUUGAUACCGGUAGUCUCCAUCAUAUUCAAUGGAAAUUUAUUUUGUUGGAAGUAGCGGUCUGAUUGUCAUUAAUUUUAAUUCAAUUAAGAUCAAAUUUCCCCAGUUCUCACUCUUGUCUCAUGCUGGGAUGUGUUGGUGACCGAGUUUGUCUCGGUCAAUUCACAGAAAGUUACUAAUUCCUGAUAUUCAUGUCCAUUGUGUGAAGGUGAAAUGAAAGUAGUGUAAGUAAAUUAUUAUUUAUUAUCAGUAUUGUUCACAUGUGGCUAAUGCUCCGUGGCCGGGUCACCUACUACUGAGUACUAAUUGUGACAUCGUGUUUCUGACAGAAAAGUUUCACUGUUCUUGUUAAAUUACCAGUCACUAACACGAACGUAAGAAUUACGAUCGUGAUAGGACUUACGACCCCUGACCCAAUUGUUAAGAAAUUACAUCUCUGUAGCCGGAAGUAGUCGUUUCUGUGCUGUCUUCUUCAUAGACUCGUUCAAAUAAUUAUGUAUAUGUUAAGUAAUAUGUAUAAUAAAUACUAGACAUUUCAAGUAUUGCAUAGAACUAAAAACUAAGAGGUAAAGUACAUUUUAUAUUAGUAACAAGUGUGCGUGACGAUGUAGAACGACAGCAGCGUUUGAGUUUCGAGCUUCUUGAAAUUGAUAUGAGGGGUUUUAGUUCUACAUAAUAACGGGAGAAAAUAUCCAGUCCUGUAGAAAAUUGUAAAGACGUUUCUGACAUCAAGAGAGCAAUUGCGAUUCA